AUGUCUUGUGAACCUUUACCACCAAACGUACAACUACUUCGUCCACUCGUACCGCUUGAACGAUACUUCACAAUUCGCCAGGAGCUAAACUACUACAAAAACAUCAUCUCCUACGUACGCUACACCCACAAAAAAUUGCCAUCGAUUCCAUUCGCAAAUGUGAGGUCAGAAAUAACGCCAAUACUCUAUAGAGCACUGAGGUCUCUGGUUUUGAGACAUCCGGCGCUUUCGGCUGCGUUCUUUGGUAUAAAAUCUAAUUCGCCGAGUUUUGUGCAUAUUCCUGUGAUAGAUUUAUCAUCGAUUGUCACUUUUGAAUUAGAAAGAUUAAUGGAGGCACAACAUCAUAUUGAAUUUAGUCAGGAUAGUUUUAAUAUACCGUUGUGGCGUGUGGUAUUUGUGUUGAAUAAAGCACGGAGGAACGAGCUUGGUGUUUUGUUUGUAUAUCAUCAUGGAAUUGGUGACGGAAAAAGUUCUUUUGCGUUGCAUAAUUUAUUUUACAAAUUUUUGAACGAAAAUUUGGAUUUAUUUGAUCCGAAUAGACCGAAACUUGAUGAUACUGCACUCAGAAAAGAAGCAAAAGUCGAUGCGCCGCUAAGACCACAUCCACGACCAAUCAACGAAAGAAUUUCACUUCGUCCUCCUCUUCAUAAAAUCGUUCCUCUUGUAGCACCACAUCUUAUUAUCCCGUCUUUCAUUCGAACAGUUAUAGAAAAUAAAUACUGGGCAGGAGACAUUCCUUCAAAAUCUCUGGAUACUUAUCACACAAAAGUAAAAAUAUUCACACUGACAAAAGAUGAAUUUCAAAAAGUAUAUGGAUACGCUAAAAACGAAGGUAGCACAAUUCAAGCCGUGUUAUACGCGGCAGUACUAUCUUCUGCUACAAAAUAUCUUGUACCGGUAACGGUAACCAGUAACACUUUAUCCCUUAAAAUAUCAACACCGAUUUCUCUUCGUCCGAUCACUAAUCCACCAAUCUCCCCAAAUGAAAUGGGUGUCUACGUGGUAGAUUUCGAUUCUAAUAUACUAGUGGGAAGAAUUCAUAAGAUAGAGUUUUGGAAAUUAGCAAGAGAAUGGCAAAGAGAUUUUCUAAAAAUUAAACCUGAGGCUAUGCACAGGAUCUGGCUGCUGAGAUUUGUGGGAAAGCGUUACGAAGAGUGGAUAAAAUUGAUGAAAGGAUGGCGGUUUGCAAAAGAUAACGAUGGAAUGGGAAGAGAAGCUUCCGGUAAAAUAUCGAAUUUGGGAAGAUGGAUUGUUACUGAUGAUGAGGAUGAUGAAAAAAGAGACGGUACUGAUCCAGAAGUAAGUGCGAAACAAGAAGAAAAAUGGGAAAUAAUUGAUAUGACAUUUUCACAGUGUGCAAAUGUGGUUGGCGCGGCUUUCUACGUUAACGUCGUAACAUAUGGCGACAAUUUUCGAGGCACAGUAACGUAUCAAGAAGGCGCAAUUUCCGACGACAAAAUAGAAACAUUUGUUCGUGGAUUGGUCGACACUUUGAAAUGUGUGGCUGAAAAAGGAGAUGUCAACUUUAAUUAA